CACAGGCUGCCGGUGCAGACUACAUGUGUGCCUAACAGUCUGAGUCUGGGAGCGCACGGCACUGCCAGACUUCGUCCCUCAUCCCGGCCGAUUCCGAUGAGGAAUUUUAACACCUGAUUUCAGCACCAUGGUCAGCGCCACCGAGCGCGGAAUGUGAGCGCACGCCGCGGUAGCUCAGUCUCAUCGAUCGGCAGAAUUCAUGGAGCCAAACGACGCGUUUCUUCAGAUUUAGUGCUGGAGGUGUUUUAAAUCGAUCCGUUGGGGGUGAUUCGCACGAGAUUUGCUUUGGGAAGAAGCGGGAUUUUGAUAUCAGGAUGAUUUCACGCUACAGACCGACCCUGAGCUCCACCAUGUCCCUGUCCUUCUGCGGCAGCGAAAACAACUCGGCUGCCUACAACGUGGACAGCGGCGUGCUGAACAACGGCUGCUUCCUGGAUGCCCUCACCGUGGUGCCCCACGUUUUCCUGCUCUUCAUCACCUUCCCCAUCCUCUUCAUCGGAUGGGGCAGCCAGAGCUCCAAGGUUCACAUCCAUCACAGCACCUGGCUGCAUUUCCCUGGACACAACCUUCGAUGGGUCCUUACCUUCAUCCUCCUCUUUGUGCUGGUGUGUGAGAUUGCCGAGGGCAUCGUGUCUGAUGGGUUCACUCAGUCUCUGCAUCUACACCUGUACAUGCCUGCAUGCCUGGCGUUCAUGGCCGCCAUCACGUCCAUCGUCUACUACCAUAACAUAGAGACGUCCAACUUUCCCAAGCUCCUGCUGACAUUGCUCAUUUACUGGAUCUUGGCAUUUAUCACAAAGACCAUCAAGUUUGCCAAGUACACAGAGCAUGGCAUUGGCCCGAGACAGCUGCGCUUCUGUCUGACGGGCCUCCUGGUCGCGCUCUACGGCCUGCUCCUGGCACUGGAGAUCAACGUGAUCCUGGGGAGGCGCUACGUGUGUUUCACCCACCCCACGGAGGUAAAGCCUCCCGAGGACCUACAGGACCUGGGUGUGCGUUUCCUGCAGCCAUUCGUCAACCUGCUGUCCAAGGGCACGUACUGGUGGAUGAACACUUUUAUCACCGCCGCCCACAGACGCCCCAUUGACCUGAAAGUCAUCGGCAAGCUGCCCAUCGCCAUGAGGGCCCUCACUAAUUACCUGAAGCUACGCAAGGCCUUUGAGGCCCAGAAGAGGCCUGAUGGACCCCAGCCCCACGGACCCCGGUGGAUCUGGCGGGCGCUGCGCCAGGCCUUUGGGAAGCCCCUGAUCCUGAGCAUCACCUUCCGCUUCCUGGCCGACCUGCUGGGCUUCGUCGGCCCACUCUGCAUCUCGGGCAUAGUGCACCACAUCAGCAAGGAGAACCACACCAUCCAGCCCCCGGCCCAGUGGCUGGGGAUCUAUUUCAUCUCCUCGGAGGAGUUCCUGGCCAAUGCCUACGUGCUGGCCGUGUUGCUCUUCUUCGCGCUGCUUCUCCAGAGGACCUUCCUGCAGGCCUCCUACUAUGCGGCCAUCCAGACCGGUAUCAAUCUGAGAGGAGCCAUGCAGACAAAGAUCUACAAUAAGAUCAUGCGCCUCUGCACCUCUAACAUGUCCAUGGGGGAGAUGACGGUGGGCCAGAUCUGCAACCUGGUGGCCAUCGACACCAACCAACUGAUGUGGUUCUUCUUUCUGUGUCCCAACUUAUGGGCCAUGCCGGUACAGAUCAUAGUGGGGGUGAUCCUGCUCUACUACCUCCUGGGAAUAAGUGCCUUGAUCGGGGCCACUGUCAUCGCCAUCCUGGCCCCUGUACAGUACUUUGUGGCUACCAAACUGUCAAAAGCACAAAAGAGCACCUUGGAGUACUCCAGCGAGCGGCUGAAGAAGACCAACGAGCUGUUGCGUGGCAUCAAGCUACUGAAGCUCUAUGCCUGGGAGCACAUCUUCUGCUCCAGCGUGGAGGAGACCAGAGACAAAGAGCUCACCAGUCUGAAGGCCUUCGCCCUCUACACGUCCGUCUCCAUAUUUAUGAAUGCCGCUAUCCCCAUCGCAGCAGUUCUUACUACGUUUGUGGUCCACGUGCACCUGUCAGAUGAUGCAGACUUGUCUCCAGCUGUGGCGUUCGCCUCACUCUCUCUGUUCCACAUCCUGGUCACACCCCUCUUCCUGCUGUCAAGUGUGGUCCGCUCCACAGUUAAAGCUCUGGUCAGCGUGCAGAAGCUGGGUGAGUUCUUCUCCAGCGAUGAGAUUGGAGAGGAGCAAGAGCCCAAGGCCACCAUUCCAGCCGGCUGCACCAACCACAGCAACUACCAGGCCCUGCCCCUGAAGGUCGUGAAUCGUAAGUACCCAGUGCGAGAAGACUGGAACAGCUAUGGGCUGCAGAGUGAGCAGAACACGGAAGCGUCUGCGCUGGACAGUGAGGAUAUCUGUAUCAAGAUAACCAACGGAUAUUUCAGUUGGACUGAUGGUGCCCCCACACUUUCCAAUGUGGACAUAAAAAUUCCAUUUGGUCAGCUGACUAUGAUAGUGGGUCAGGUGGGCUGUGGGAAGUCCUCCCUCUUACUGGCUGCACUGGGAGAAAUGCAAAGAAUGUCUGGCUCAGUCACCUGGAACAGUAUUCCAAAACUGGAUUCAGAAGCACAUGAAAGCCCAGAUGCACCUGCUGAUGAUGAAAUUAGGAAAAGAGGGCCAGUGGCGUAUGCUUCCCAGAAGCCCUGGCUUCUCAACACCUCUGUGGUGGAAAACAUUACCUUUGAGAUGCCUCUGAUCAAACAGAGGUAUAAGGCAGUGAUCGAAGCAUGCUCUCUGCAGCCAGACAUCGACAUUCUACCACAGGGGGACCAAACAGACAUCGGAGAGAGGGGGAUCAUCCUGUCUGGAGGCCAGAGACAGCGCAUCAGUGUGGCCCGCGCUCUCUACCAGACCACCAACGUGGUUUUCCUGGACGACCCGUUCUCGGCGCUGGACAUUCACCUGAGCGACCACCUGAUGCAGGAAGGCAUUCUGAAACUGCUCCGCGAGGAGAAAAGGACCGUGGUGCUGGUCACCCACAAACUGCAGUACCUACCUCACGCAGACUGGAUCAUCGCGAUGAAGGACGGGACGAUACAGACUGAGGGGACACUAAAGGACGUCCAGAACUCCGAGCCGGAGCUGUUUGCGCAUUGGAAGGCCCUCAUGCAUCGUCAGGACCAGGAGUUCCAGAAGGAGACGGUGGCAGAAAGCGCCACCGUACUGGAAAGGAAGAACCUUAGGAGAGCCAUGUACUCCAGAGAGGCACUGAAGACUGAGGAAGAGGAGGAGGCCCUGGGGACCGCACUCACUCCUGAAGCAGAGGAGUCGGCAGAGAGCGAGGGCGAGGACAGCCUGUCACAGGCCAUGCGACGGCGGACCACCAUCCCCUGGCGCUCGUGCGGCAGGUACCUGGGCUCGGCCGGCCUGCUGCUCCUCCCCCUCCUGCUGCUCUCGCAGAUGCUCAAGCACUCGCUCAUGGUGGCCAUCGACGUGUGGCUCGCGCACUGGACCUCCGACGUCAUCCGCGCCAAGAUCGACGCCGCGCGACCCAACUGCACGCUGGGGCAGGACUGUGGGUUGAGUCAUUCCUCGUACCUGCUGGUCUUCAGUGUGCUCUGCUGUCUGGGCAUCGUGCUGUGUCUGGUCACAUCCGUGGCCGUGGAGUGGACAGGCCUGCGCGUGGCCAAAGAGCUGCACCACAACAUGCUGAAGAACAUCAUCGUCGCCCCCAUGAGACUAUUUGAGACGACUCCUUUGGGAAGCCUUCUGAACCGAUUCUCGGCUGACACAAACACCGUAGACCAGCACAUCCCUGCUACACUGGAGUGUUUGAUUCGAUCUACUCUUCUGUGCGUGUCUGCCCUAGGUGUGAUCUCAUAUGUCACACCCGUGUUCCUCAUCGCGCUCACACCCCUUGCCAUUGCCUGCUACUUCAUCCAGAAAUACUUCAGAGUGGCGUCCAAAGAUCUGCAGCAGUUGGAGGACAGCACCCAACUGCCUCUGCUUUCUCACUUCUCUGAGACCGUGGAGGGACUCACUACCAUCAGGGCCUUCAGGUACGAGGCCAGGUUUCGCCAGAGGCUCCUGGAGUUCACGGACGCUAAUAACGUCGCAUCGCUUUUCCUCACCGCUGCUAACCGCUGGCUUGAAGUCCGCAUGGAGUACAUUGGCGCCUGUAUUGUCCUCAUAGCUGCAGUCGCCUCCAUCACCAGCUCUCUCUGCAGCUAUCUGUCCACGGGCCUGGUUGGGCUAGGACUGACCUAUGCUCUGAUGGUGUCGAACUACUUGAACUGGAUGGUGCGUAACCUGGCUGACAUGGAGGUGCAGCUGGGUGCGGUGAAGAGGAUUAAUAGUCUUCUGAAGACCGAGCCAGAGAACUACGAGGGACUGCUCUCUGCGUCCCAGGUCCCAGAGGGAUGGCCCCAGCGGGGGGAGAUCCAGAUCCAGAACCUGAGCGUGAGGUAUGACAGCUCUCUCAAGCCCGUCCUAAAGCACGUCAACGCCCACGUCAGGCCCGGACAAAAGGUGGGCAUCUGUGGUAGAACAGGAAGUGGCAAAUCUUCCUUCUCCUUAGCCUUUUUCCGCAUGGUGGACACUUUUGAGGGACGGAUAAUUAUAGAUGAUAUUGACAUAGCGAAGCUGCCUCUUCAGACACUUCGGAGUCGCUUCUCAAUCAUUCUCCAAGACCCCAUUCUCUUCAGUGGAACAAUCCGCUUUAAUCUAGAUCCAGAGAUGAAGGCUACAGACAGCAUGCUUUGGGAAGCUCUGGAAAUCGCCCAGCUCAAACCAGUAGUAAAAACCCUGCCUGGGGGACUUGACGCCAUACUGACAGAAGGUGGGGAGAACUUCAGCCAGGGCCAGCGUCAGCUCUUCUGCCUGGCGCGAGCGUUUGUGCGCAAGAGCAGCAUUCUGAUCAUGGAUGAAGCCACGGCCUCCAUAGAUAUGGCCACGGAGAGCAUUCUGCAGAGAGUCGUAAUGACAGCAUUCGCUGAUAGAACCGUGGUGACCAUAGCACAUCGAGUGCACACCAUCCUAAAUGCAGACCUGGUGAUCGUGAUGAAGAGGGGGGUCAUUCUGGAGUACGAUAAGCCAGAGGUUCUGCUUGGUGCUGAUGACAGUGUUUUUGCCUCUUUCGUUCGGGCAGACAAAUGACCACCAAGGACCUUCGACUGAAAGUGCAAUUGUACCCUGUAUUAUUGUUUUAUAUUUCAUUAUGCCUGUAAAUAAGAUGCGGUUUCUUUACUAAUAAAAGAGAAAUUCCUACAUA